AUUCCUGGCGGUGAGGACGAAGUUCCUGGCAGUGACGACAAGGUUUCUUGCAGUGAGAACAAGGUUCCUGGCGGUGAGGACAAGGUUCCUGGUCGUGAGGACAAGGUUCCUGGUCGUGAGGACAAGGUUCCUGCCGGUGAGGACAAGGUUCCUGGCUGUGAGGACAAGGUUCCUGGCGGUGAGAACAAGGUUCCUGGCGGUGAGGACAUUGUUACUGACGUUGAAGGCAAGGUUCCUGGCGGUAAAGACACGGUUCAUGGCGGUGAGGACAAGGUUACUGGCGGUGAGGACAAGGUUCCUGGCGGUGAGGACAAGGUUACUGGCGGUGAGGACAAGGUUACUGGCGGUGAGGACAAGGUUCCUGGCGGUGAGAACAAGGUUGCUGGCGGUGAGGACAAGGUUCCUGGGCGUGAGGACAAGGUUCCUUGGCGUGAGGACAACGAUCCUGGCGGUGACGACAAGGUUCCUGUGGGUGAGGACAAAGUUCCCGGCGGUGACGACAAUGUUACUGGCUGUGAGAACAAGGUUCAUGGAGGCGAGGACUUGGUUCCUGGCGGUGAGGACAAGGUUCCUGGCGGUGAGAACAAGGUCCCUGGCGGUGAGGACAUUGUUACUGGUGGUGAGGGCAAGGUUCCUGGCGGUAAAGACAAGUUUCCUGGCGGUGAGGACAAGGUUACUGGCGGUGAGGACAAGCUUCCUGGCGGUGAGGACAAGGUUACUGGCGGUGAGGACAAGGUUAAUGGCGGUGAGGACAAGGUUCCUCGGCGUAAGGACAAGGUUCCUGGCGGUGAGAACAAGGUUUGUGGCCGUGAGGACAAAAUUCCUGGGCGUGAGGGCCGGGUUCCUGGGCUUGAGGACAAGGAUCCUGGCGGUGACGACAAGGAUCCUGGCGGUGAGGACAAGGUUCCUGGCGGUAACGACAAUGUUACUGGCUCUGAGGACAAGGUUCCUGGCGGCAAGGACUUGGUUCCUAGCGGUGAGGACAAGGUUCCUGGCAGUGAGGACAAGGUUCCUGGCUGUGAGAACAAGGUUUCUGGCGGUGCAGACAAGGUUCCUGGCCGUGAGGGCAAGAUUCCUGGCCGUGAGAACAAGGUUCCUGGCGGGGACGAUAAGGUUACUGGCGGUGAGGAUAAGGUUUCUGGCGGUGACGACAAUGUUACUGGCUGUGAGGACAAGGUUCAUGGCGGUGAGGACAAGGUUACUGGCGGUGAGGACAAGGUUAAUGGCGGUGAGGACAAGGUUCCUGGCGGUGAGAACAAUGUUCCGGGCGUUGCAGACAAGGUUUCUUGCCGUGAGGGCAAGGUUCCUGGCCGUGAGAACAAGGUUGCUGGCGGUGACGACAAGGUUACUGGCGGUGAGGACAAUGUUCCUGGCGGUGAGGACAAGGUUACUGGCGGUGAGGACAAGGUUACUGGCGGUGAGGACAAGGUUCCUGCUGGGAGGACAUGGUUCCUGGCGGUGAGGACAAGGUUCCUUGUGGUGAGGACAAGGCUCCUGGUGGUGAGGACAAGGUUUCUGGCGGUGUGGAAAAGGUUCCUGGCAGUGAGAACAAGGUUACUGGCUUUGAGAACAAGGUUACUUGCAUGAGGAGAAAGUUCCUGGCCGUGAGGACAAGGUUACUGGCGGUGAGGACAUUGUUACUGGCGUUGAGGGCAAGGUUCCAGGCGUUGAGGGUAAGGUUCCUGGCGGUAAAGACAUGGUUCCUGGCGGUGAGGACAAGGUUACUGGCGGUGAAGACAAGCUUCCUGGCGGUGAGGACAAGGUUAAUGGCGGUGAGGACAAGGUUAAUGGCGGUGAGGACAAGGUUCCUGGCGGUGAGAACAAGGUUCCUGCCGGUGAGGACAAGGUUCCUGGGCGUGAGGACAAGGUUUCUGUCGGUGAGAACAAGGUUCCUGGCCGUGAGGACAAGGUUCCUGGGCGUGAGGACAAGGUUCCUGGGCGUGAGGACAAGGAUCCUGGCGGUGACGACAAGGUUCCUGGCCGUGAGGACAAGGUACCUGGCGGUGAGAACAAGGUUACUGGCGGUGAGGACAUUGUUACUGGCGGUGAGGGCAAGGUUCCUGGCGGUAAAUAUAUGGUUCCUGGCGGUGAGAACAAGGUUACUGGCGGUGAGGACAAGCUUCCUGGCGGUGAGGACAAGGUUAAUGGUGGUGAGGACAAGGUUCCUGGCGGUGAGAACAAUGUUCCUGGCGGUGCGGGCACGGUUCCUGGCCGUGAGGGCAAGGUUCCUGGCCGUGACAACAACGUUCCUGGCGGUGACGACAAGGUUACUGGCGGUGAGGACAAGGUUCCUGGCGGUGAGGACAAGGUUACUGGCGGUGAGGACAAGGUUGCUGGCGGUGAAGACAAGGUUUCUGCUGGGAGAGCAUGGUUCCUGGCGGCGAGGACAAGGUUCCUGGCGGUGAGGACAAGGUUCCUGGCGGUGAGAACAAGGUUUGUGGCGGUGUGGAAAAGGUUCCUGGCAGUGAGAACAAGGUUACUGGCUGUGAGAACAAGGUUACUUGCAUGAGGAGAAGGUUCCUGGCCGUGAGGACAAGGUUCCUGGCGGUGAGAACAAUGUUCCUGGCGGUGAGGACAUUGUUACUGGCGGUGAGGGCAAGGUUCCUGGCGGAAACGACAAGGUUCCUGGCGGUGAGGACAAGGUUACUGGCGGUGAGGAUAAGCUUCCUGGCGGUGAGGACAAGGUUUCUGGCACUGAGAACAAGGUUAAUGGCUGUGAAAACAAGGUUACUGGCAUGAGGACAAGGUCCCUGGCCGUGAAGACAAGGUUCCUGGUGGUGAGGACAAGGGUCCUGCCGUUGAGAACAAGGUUCGUGGCGGUGAGGAAAAGGUUCCUGGCGUCCUGGUGGUGAGGACAAGGUUCCUGGCGGUGAGGACAAGGUUCCUGGCGGUGAGGACAAGGUUUCUGGCGGUGAGGACAAGGUUAGUGGCUUUGAGAAAAAGGUUACUAGCGGUGAGGACAAGCUUCCUGGCCGCGAGGACAAGGUUACUGUCGGCGAGGACAAGGUUAAUGGCGGUGAGGACAAGGUUGUUGGCGGUGAGAACAAGAUUUCUGGCGGUGAGGGCAAGGUUCCUGGGGGUGAGGACAAUGUUCCUGGCGGUGAGAACAAGGUUCCUGGCGGUGAGGACAAGGUUCCUGGGCGUGAGGACAAGGUUCCUGGGCGUGAGGACAAGGCUGCUGGCGGUGACGACAAGGUUCGUGGCGGUGAGCACAAGUUUACUGGCUGUGAGGACAAGGUACCUGGCGUCGAGGACUAGGUUCCUGGCGGUGAGGACAAGGUUCCUGGCGGUGAGGACAAGGUUCGUGGCGGUGAGCACAAGGUUCCUGGCGGGGACGACAAGUUUACUGGCGGUGAGGACAAGGUCCCUAGCGGCGAGGACAGGGUUCCUGGCUGUGAGGAAAAGUUUCCUGGCAGUGAGAACAAGGUUACUGGCUGUGAAGACAAGGUUACUGGCAUGAGGUCAAGGUUCCUGGCGCUGCGAACAAGGUUCCUGGCGCUGAGGACAAGGUUCCUGGCGGUGAGGACCGGGUCCCUGGCGGUGCGGACAAUCUUCCUAGUGGUCAGGACAAGGUUCCUCGCGCUGAGGACAAGGUUCCUGGCGCUGAGAACAAGGUUCCUGGCGCUGAGAACAAGGUUCCUGGGGCUGAGGACAAGGUUCCUGGCGUUAAGGACAAGGUUCCUGGUGUUGAAGAGAAGGUUGCCGGCCGUGAGGACAAGGUUCCAGGUGGUGAGGAUAAGGUUGCUGACGGUGAGCACAAGGUUCCUGGCGGUGUCGACACGGUUACUGGCUGUGAGGAAUAG